CUUAUGGCCUUUUAUGCCGCCACUGGACUUUGGGAAGCCACCGACCCGAGCCAUCGUGGUUGCAGUCUCGGCCACCCUUGUGCCGUGACGGGCGCAAGGACAUGUGCACGGACAUCAUACCUUGCGAAAUUUCACCACUUUUAUGGAAGCUGUGUGAACUGGAGUCCCAAUCACAUCUUCUGUGCCGAGCUGAACUCUGAUGAUGAGAGACGAGCGUUCCCGGCAUGUGCCGAUUGCGGUGUUCUCAUUGAGAUCCAAGGGCUAAUUCUUGCCAACCGAAGACUACUGGAUGACAAAACCCAAGUCACUACGGAUGAGGAAUUUCGUAUCGUGCAGAGGAGCCUAAGCGGAUACCUACGGGCGUAUCAGUUAAGGAGGGAUGCCCACAUUCGGGAUCUGACAAACGCAAAGAAUGGCUUGCUUGAGGCGGAGUUACAGUAUGUCAAAACCGGC